AUGAUUUGUUUUGGGAAGAACGAUUCCAAAAUUUACCAAUAGAUGACGCAAGCAUGACGCAUAGUGGUUGUGUUUUUGGACAUACAGUGGAACCUCCUUUAUAGGGAACCUCUCUAUUAAGGACACCCUCUCCAUUUACGGCACUUGUUUUGGUGCCAAGUUGGUUGUCCUCAUUCAUUCUGACCUCUUUAAUCAGGGCCCCUCCCUAUUAAGGAUAGCAUUUGUCAGUCCCAAGGGUGUACCUAAUAGAGAGGUUCUACUGUAAUUUGAAGAAAACAUGUAGAGAAAUGUAUACACCACAUACAUUUCUAGCCAAUACUCCAUGAUGAUAUAAGUUUAGCACACCGAUUUACAGAAGUUGGAACAAAUAUUGUGUAUUUUACAUGAACCUUGAAAUUUCGUUCAAUACAUAGAUAGGCCAACAUUAUGUUAAAAGCUUUUUAGGUCAACAGUGUCAAUAAAUUCAAAGCGAUGUUUUCGGCCCCGUACACAUAUAUGAAAUAUUCAAAUCUUUUUCUUCUGCGUUCUCUAUGUUAAAUAAAAGGCCUACGCCGUUAGUUUAUAAUUUGAAAUGUGUAACUAAAUUUGAAAAUUUGAAAUUGCGUAAAUACAUACAAAGUAUAAAUUUCAGCUAUGUCGUUGUGUAGAAAGAUAUAGAAAUACUUUAAAUACCAAGUUUCAGCAAAUUCGUAUGCAUAAUAACUGCACUGCGGCACUGUGUAUAACUGGAUUACGAUUUUCCUGGACCGCCAGUAAUUGGCGAAGGGCAUUCUCAUUUAACAAACAAGAGGUCCAUGCCCUUGAUUCCUAUGACAGUACAUUCUUUCACCUACGUUCAAGAGGCCUGGAUCAAGAAGACCAGGGGCAGUCCAGGAACAAGAUAUUGUCGUUAGAGGACCAUCAUAUGCAACAGAAUUGUUGAAGACAUAUUUAUCCCAAGAUGCCGGAAAAGGAACAGAAGAUGCUGGAGGAAAGCUAUGUGAAGAUGAAGAAGCACGUUAAGGUUGCUGUACCCUUUGCGCUGGCACUCAGCCUAGCUUUCGUCUGUUUCGGUUCCAUGUAUCUACCGAUAGAGGUCCCACAAGGUGACGACCUUGCUGCCAAGCUGACCUUCACCUUGAAGUGGCAAAUCCUUAAUGUAGUACCAAUGAUAAUCGGGGUACUGGUGGUGGCGCUGGGGAGGGACAAACCCGGCAUGAUCAACCCACUUCUCGGACUAGAGGACGUGAGACUGAAAAUCAACAAGCAGUUCCUGCAGAACACCCUGGAGCAGUUCUCCAUAGCAACGGCCAUCCAGCUCUGCCUCACAGCAUGGUUGGAAUCACAUUAUCUCAAGGUCAUUCCAGUGCUUUGCAUGCUGUUUUUGUUUGGGCGGAUCUGUUUUUUGAUUUGCUAUCACAUUGGGCAGGAAUAUCGAAGUUUUGGUUUUGUAACAACAUGGUUUCCAACACUUUUUUCAAGUUUCUACUGCUUGUAUUGUCUGUUCUCUAAAUCUAAAGUUUGAAAAACACGGGAUGGGAAGAGUUUUUCAUAAAGCAUGUUGUGCCUUCCUAAUCAGCGGCAAAGUCGCCUGACUAUAUAUACCAUUUGUCUGCCGCUGCUGAAAAACCUCACUCAAUUAUCUUAUUCUAACUUUGAUAUUUAAAAAAACAUGUGGAAAUUUACUUUCUGGUAGGACUCUACGCUCACAUUAUAGCGUUUCAUAUAGUUCCAAGCGAUAGACGUAUUUGGUGUUCCAAUAGAUCUGAUGGAGAAGUAGAAAAUAUCCCUGGAAAUAAGUGUCCGGCUCCAAUGUACUCAGACGGAUUUUAGUGUAUAGUUCUUUCGAGGCCAUGGCAUUCUAUCAUUGGAUAUUGAUUCUAUUGAUACUCAAGACCUACGCACUGGCGGUUGUAAAUCGGAGACUACCCGUGACCAGGCAAUAGAACUAAACCAGGUCUAGUAGAAAACAUAAUUCGUUUUAUUUUGUCCUGAAUUUGGACUUGCAGUGUAGUGUUAGCCUUAAGUAUGUAGAAAAGCAUCUGCAAGAAACCUAGAAAGGUUAGAUGUACAAGUAUCUAUAAAUGCUGAACAGAUCGAUGGCCUAACACUGUGAAUUAGUCUGUUUUUGUUUGGACUUACUAUUUUUAUUGAAUCAGUGGCAGGUCUUGGAAGAUGAAAAAAGGUUGAGCAAUUAUAAAAUGUACCAUAGGGGCGAAGCUGGGGGGGGGGGGGAAAUGCUGCCCCCAGAUGUCACAAAAAUUGUUCUUUUGACCAUGAUUUUGAUCAAAAAUACUGGCUAUAUAAAUGAACACAAUAAACUAUACUAUAGAUUGU